AUGCCAGGUGGUGGUCAUCGAAUGACGAGAGAAGGUGUCUCAGUUGGAGCUCAUAUCCAGGGGGAAUCCUUGGAUGAUGGUAGCGGUGGCUCGAGGAAUGCGGAAUGGGAGAUUGUUGUAGCGGCGAUCGAGACGAAAAAGAAGAUGCGAUCGUGUUGUGUACGUGUGUGUGCAAAUGUGAGCUAUGCGGAAAAUCGCCGCCGCGAUGACGGCAGCAGCGAUCGUUCGCGGCGAUGA